AUGAAGAAAUCAAAACCUCGUCAAAAACCGAAACUCACCUUUGAAGAGCGGGAAGAGAUGAACCAAGAAGACAUCGAAAACCACCUCGAACCCUCUACAAAAUCAAAAUACCAAUCAGGCUACCGACGCUUCGAAAAAUUCUGUAUCGAAGAAAACUACGCUUUAGUUCCCGACGAACAAACCCUAGCCCACUUUGUGACGUCGAUCUCACGCGAGCUGAGACCCGAGACGCAAUAUCCCUUUGUCGACGCCGCCCGAAACUCGCCUAGAGUUAAAAAAUCCAUAAGAGGAUGCCGCAAAGGUUUCUCUAUUCCAUCCGAACAGGCGAACGCCAUGACCAUGAACGACCCGUGGACUAGCAAAAAGACAAUAACCCAAGACAAACAAAACAGUCAAGGGCGGCGUAAAGUCCGGAUCAUCAAUCCUCCUAACGGAAAGCGAUUGAUUCACCAAUCACCUUCCCAGGUACGACAAAUCAUUCCUGAGGGCUCCUCCGAACAAAAGAGCGAAGAAUUGAAUAAAGCUUCAGGUUCCAGGAAACAGGUUUGGAAGGAAACUGAUCGGACGAAGCUAGAUCAAACAAAAUCCCCCAUCCCGAGGCCUGAACCUUCGAAAAGCUCAGAAGAAAUUCUCUCCACAGUCUCCUCGCAAUCUAGUAAGAUCGAUGGCUCUAAGUCGUCCGUGGAAAGUAUACCUACAAAUCCCAAUGACUUGGAAUCAAAUCCGGCACCUAUAGAGCGGAAAAGUGUUGAUAAGCAAGUGGCAGAAGUUAAACCUACCACGUCGCGCCUGUGGGCUGAUAUCGUCUCAGAGCCAGAAAAAGAGAAAAAAGUAGCCCAAUCAUUUCCAGAAAAAGGAAAAAAAAUCGUCUCACACCGUAAAGGCAAGCCUUUUGAAAAACAGAAUGUCGAAGUCAAGAAUACUGUUUCCCCACUUGGCUCUGGAAUAAACUCCCGACUCCGCUCUGGGUCAAACACCAAGACUCGCGCAUCCGAAAGUGGUUCGCUUCUCGAUCCCAUCCCCGCACAGCAAGAUUCAGAAUGGACAGAAUACCGACAAAAGAAGGGCCGAAAAGGGAGAUUUCUUGCUCAAAAGCCAGCGUCAAGGGCAGGUGUACACAGUGAAGUAGAUAGGCCAACUCCUUUUGACGUGCCGGACGGGGCAAGUAUUUCGAACGAAGCAGGGCCUCGUUCUCAUACGCCGGACUCUAUCCACAAUGCCUUAGUAGCAGAAGCUCAUCCCAGUCAAGAUACUGUAGUAGAUCUGACAGAAUCUCAUUCCCAAGAGGCGACCGAAUCUCCAUCGAAUAAUAUUAAUACACCAUAUAAUGCAAAUCCCGAACCAAAUGAUGAGUCCAGCGGAUCCGGCCUGGGCGCUUCGAAGAUCAAGGCAAUCAUCGCUGACAAGAUUCACAAGCCCCCAACGAAACACAAAGGUAAAUCGCGAAGGCCAAAAACAAAAGCUCAGAUUGGUAAAACCGAAGGCGAGGGUAAACUUGAUGUGCCAAACUCAGAGACCACCGAGCCCCAGAUCACAUCCUUACCCGAAAGCGAAACUGAACUACAACAAAAGAUGGAUACUAUUCGACGCAAGUGGGACCAAGCAGAUGCUGUACACAACGACUUAGAUAUACAUAAUGCAUUCGUUGUACCGGAUGAGGCAAGUAUAUCGAGUGAAGCAAAGACUCAUACUAAUACCCUGGACGAGGGCUCAGUGCCGGAAACUCAUUCUCAAGAGACCUCGGAAACUCGAUCGGAAGCUAUGUCACAUAUUUCAACUCAUGUUCCCGAUGAGUUGAUCAACUCGGUCUCGGACGCUUCAGAAUUCGAACCCGCUAUCACUGGAAAGAUUAAGAAGUCACGAAAGAAGCAAAAACCGAAAUCGCGCAAGACGAGACCAAACGCUCAGAUCCAUAGCUAUGAUCCAGUCAAUACGCCUGCAAAAGGCCUAGCCUCAGAGUCCGUUAAGCCAGAGAGCCUAUCCCCAGCUUCAAAUGAUAAAGAUCCAGCGGCACAGCUGGAUGAGAUACUUUCCAAAGCCUUGCAAAAAGAUAACAAAAGGGAACGGAUAAGAAUUGACUUCGACGAAUCAUCAUAUGAGAAACUUUCCAAAAUCAGCCCCCUAUCUGACGAGGCUUGGUCUCAAUAUCGCAACGAAUUUCAUUCUGAUUUCGAUAAUCCUUAUGAAGCUCACCGAAGAUGGAAUGCGCUUGCAAAUCAGAUUGAUCAAAGGAUGGCUACGGGGAAUUGGAAAGAUCUCGCUCCUAUGCUAGCUGAACCAAUCAAGGAAGUCGCACUCCGAUUCAAGAUUGAUAAAGAAUGGCCCACAUUUGAUGAAAUUGAUAUGGCGUAUGGAGAAGAGACAAUGAGAAUGUUGCAAAAGUUGAAUCCAGAUGAUAAAGGCACUUUGGCUACGUUGUUUGGUGAUAAGCUUUUCAGAGUUCGACUGGCUACAGUCUAUGUCACAUCACGUAGAUCUCACAACGCAAAGCAAUUUCAAAGAUCACAACUUGUAGACUUUAUGAAACGAGGCGGAAUAGUACCAAGUUUAUACGAGAUUCAUGAUUGUUUAGAAUUGAAAUCAGCUGGAGUGAAUUGGGACAACUUGAGUAAAGAAGAAUUGGCGUCUAGAUUCGAUAGGAUCAUAAAAGCAAUGACUGGGAGAAUUUCAAUUGGUGAUAAGAAUUUAGAGCUCACAAAACAAGAUUGGACUUUGAGUUAUAAUAGAGAAUACCUAUCAAGACAGGGAGCUGCAACAAAUUCUGUAGAUUUUGCAAUUCGGUUCAAAAAGUUUGCUGACAAAGUAAAUUCAGAAUUAAAACCUCAAAGUAUCUCAAGUUGGUGGGGAAUUCCGGAAUCUGAAAGGGCAGAUUACCCAGCCUGGGCCACCGAGAUUAUCACACCCGCUCAGGUAUUGGCGGCUGCAAAUUUCGAUUUGACACUCAGAUGGGUCGGAAUGAUGAUACAUGCGUCUAAACAAGUUGCGACACGGCAGGAAGAUCUCGACCGAAAGAUAAUUUAUUGGCCUGUUAAUGUACCACACGAAUUGAUUUCGAAAUUCGGACGAUUUGAACAUUAUUAUAGAUUUUUCGGUUUUGAUUUGAGAUACCCCAUUUAA